UCCGCCACGUGGCGCUGGGCUUGAAUUCAGACCGAGUAUUAGGUCAGGGUGGAACUUAGAACUUGGAACAUGGCAGAGCGACAACGAGUGAAGAAGAAACCACACCGUUCAACAAGUAAUAACUGACAUCAUAAUCGUCGUCAUCGUCGAUUCAGAAGUAGAAUGAAGCAUAAUUUGUGUUUGUGAAUUGUGAAUUGUGAAUUGUGAGUGGCGGAGAUGAAGGGAGAGACGGCGACGCUGGUGCUGGUGAACCUCGCUGGGAUAAUGGAGAGGGCGGAUGAGUCACUGCUUCCGGGAGUGUACAAGGAAGUGGGAGCGGCGCUUCACACCGACCCCACCGGCCUCGGUUCUCUCACUCUCUUCCGAUCCAUCGUUCAAUCCUCCUGCUACCCUAUGGCCGCCUACCUCGCCGUCCGCCACAACCGCGCUCAUGUCAUCGCCCUCGGCGCUUUUCUCUGGGCCGCCGCUACCUUCCUUGUUGCAUUCUCCUCCACUUUCUUCCAGGUAGCUUUAUCACGAGCAUUUAAUGGGAUUGGCCUUGCGCUUGUAGCACCUGCAAUCCAGUCUCUUGUUGCUGACUCAACUGAUGAUAACAAUCGUGGCAUGGCUUUUGGAUGGCUUCAACUAACAGGCAAUGUUGGUUCGAUUAUUGGUGGCCUCUUCUCAGUGUUGAUAGCUCCAAUAACUGUGUUUGGAAUCCCUGGUUGGAGAAUUUCCUUUCACAUUGUUGGACUAAUAAGCAUUAUAGUAGGUGUUUUGGUAUACCUCUUUGCCAAUGAUCCACACUUCUCAGAUAAUGGUACAAAUGAUAGAAGGCAAGCUCCAAAAAAGACAUUUUGGUCUGAAGUGAAAGAUCUGGUUGAGGAGUCCAAGUCAGUUUUGAAGAUUUCGUCUUUUCAGAUUAUUGUUGCACAGGGUGUCACUGGCUCCUUUCCCUGGUCUGCUUUAUCAUUCGCACCAAUGUGGUUAGAGCUUACUGGCUUCACCCAUAACAAAACUGCUUUCCUCAUAGCUCUGUUUGUUGUUGCCAGUUCUAUUGGGGGAUUGUUUGGAGGUAAGAUGGGAGAUAUUCUCUCCAAGCAUCUUCCAAAUUCUGGGAGAAUAAUUCUGGCACAGAUAAGCUCUGGAUCAGCCAUCCCCUUAGCAGCACUUCUUUUGCUUGGUUUGCCAGAUGAUCCCUCCUCAAUAGUGUCUCAUGCUUUGGUUCUAAUAAUUAUGGGGCUUCUGAUUUCUUGGAACGCUCCUGCUACAAAUAAUCCAAUUUUUGCAGAGAUAGUUCCCGAGAGAUCUCGAACAAGUGUAUAUGCCUUGGACAGAUCUUUUGAGUCUAUAUUAUCAUCUUUUGCUCCCCCUGCAGUGGGGAUUUUGGCUCAGCAUGUUUAUGGGUAUAAGCCCCUUCCUGAAGGGUCUAGUGAAUCUCAGGAGAUUUUAACAGACAGAGAGAACGCUGCAUCAUUGGCUAAGUCUCUUUACACAGCAAUAGGAAUCCCAAUGGCUCUCUGCUGCAUAAUCUACACAUUUCUUUAUAGAACAUAUCCAAGAGACAGGGAACGAGCUAAGAUGGGAGCUUUAAUAGAAUCAGAGAUGCGGUUAAUUGAAUCAGGUGGUUUAGCCAUGGAUAAAGAGUUUGAGUCAGAAGAAUUAUCUAUUGCAGAGUAUGAUGGUGAUGGCGAUCUUGAUGGUGAAGAGAACACAUUACUCUACCGGCAGUUGACAUUUCCCAAAGAAUAGUUAGAAACACAUCACCAUUUUAGAUGGUUUGCCGAAUGAUAUUUUAAGUCCCUACAGAGACAGGUUUCAGUAUAUACUACAUGGUGAAGAAUUUUUCAGAACUACAUUUUGAUAAUUUUUGUGCUUCAAUCAUGCAUGACCAGUUAUAGAUGAAACUAUAUAGGCUUUCAUAGUUAUAUCUUCCACUCUUUUGAGGGAAUAAUUCCCCGUUUGUAUGUAAUUCAACUUUGUAAACUGUAAUACGUUGGAUAACACUGAGUGUAGAUUUAUUUGUUUUGGCUAAUGUAAUUGACAUUCUAAUUUCUUAAAUAUCAAGUGCGGUGUGAAUUA